AUGGCUCUCCUCUUUUCUUCUAUAAACCCAUCGUUUCUCAUUCUCUUCUUUUUAUCAUCUCUUCUCUUUCUCACUACCCAACAAUGCAACCAUCACCACUUCUCUGCUUUGCUCAACUUAAAGAAUGGCUUUGACCUCCCUCCUCUCCCCUCUUGGAAUUCAAACAAUACCGAUUGCUGCUUUUGGGAAGGCAUCACGUGUGAUGAAGCCACUGGUCACGUGAUCAGCCUCGACCUCAGUAGCUUCCGUAUCUCUGGUCGGAUUAAUUUUGAAAACCUCUUUCGUCUUCGGAGCCUGCAGAAGCUCAACCUUGCUUACAAUGAUUUUGAUGGCUCUCCAAUCCCAUCUGGGUUUGACCAGCUCACCAGUUUGACCCAUCUCAACCUCUCUGGGUUAAAUUUUUAUGACCAAAUCCCACUGGAAAUCUCCCGCUUGACCUCUUUGGUUUCUCUCGAUCUUUCUCGCAAUGAAUAUUGGAAUAGUUUUGGAAUUCAAUACCUGAAACUCGAAAACCCAAGCAUUGGAGCAGUCAUCCAAAACCUGUCCAAUCUGAGUGAACUCUAUCUGGACUGGGUACACAUCUUACUGCAGGGCCAGACCUUAGAUUUGCCACUCCCUCCUCUCCGCAAGUUGAGCUUACGAGAUUGUGGUCUUUCAGGCUCCAUCUAUUUUUAUCUCUCACAGCACCAAUUCUUAUCUGAAAUCGACCUCAGCAGAAACAAUCUAUACUCUGCAGUGCCCAGCUUCCCAGGGAGUCUCCGCAAGUUGAUCUUACAAGAAUGUGGUCUUUCAAGCUCCAUCUAUUCUUCCCUUUCACAGCUCCAUUUCUUAUCUGAACUUGACCUCAGCUAUAACGAUCUCUCCUCUGCAGUACCCAAUUUCAUAGGGAACUUAUCCUCCUUGACGUCCCUGCUCCUUUCAGAUUGUGGAUUGCAUGGAAAAUUCCCUGACAGUGUUUUCCAGCUGCCAAACAUACAAAUCUUUGACAUUUCGAGAAAUCCACUUCUGACCAGCUAUUUGCCAGAAUUCCCUCAAAACAAUACUCUACAGAGAUUAUUCCUUUCAGGCGCAGGGUUUUCAGGAAAGAUACCAGAUUCAGUCAGUAAUCUCAAAUUCUUGACUCAAUUAGACCUCAGCUAUUGCAACUUGUCAGGAUCAUUACCAUCCUCACUUUUGAACCUUACCAAACUGCAAUAUCUGUAUCUUUUAUCCAAUAAAUUGAGCGGCCUAAUUCCUUCUUCAUAUGGAAACGAGCUUCUGGAUCUCAAAGUGAUCGACUUGGGGAAUAAUUUGCUUAAUGGGACCAUUCCAUCAUCAUUGCUUUCACUCCCAUCAUUACAAAUGUUGGAUCUCUCAGGUAACCAACUUAGUGGUCAACUUGGUGAGUUCCACAAUGCCUCUUCUUCACAGCUGGAGGUCAUCCUUUUGGGUAACAAUAAAUUGCAGGGGAUGAUACCCAGAUUUAUCUUUCAACUUACCAACCUUCAAGAACUUCAUGUUUCUUCCAAUGAUUUCAGUGGUGUUGUGGAGCUAGGCUUAUUUCAAAACCUCAAAAAACUUUACCAUCUGGAUCUUUCAGAUAACAACUUGUCAGUCCAAUAUGUCAGUGGUAAUUCCACAUUUGUUUCCAUCCCCCAGUUUGAGUUUUUGUUGUUACGUUCUUGCAACAUCAGCACAUUUCUAAAUUUAUUGAGAAAUCAAGAGGGGUUGAGGGAAUUGGACCUUUCCAACAAUAAAAUUAGUGGUGUAAUACCCAAAUGGAUAUGGGAGGGAAUAGAAUCGUCUCCCCAUCUUUUGUUGAGUGCCUUGCAAUACCUUGACCUUGGCUCCAACAUGCUUGAAGUCAUUGAUUUAUCUCACAAUCACUUCAUUGGUCAGAUUCCACCAUGUUUGGGUGAGAUUGGUCAUGCCCUAUUUGUGUUGAAUCUUCAAGGAAAUGCUUUCAAUGGCACCUUACUUCAGACAUUUAAAGAGGGAUGCAACAUAAAAACGCUUGAUCUCAAUGGGAAUCAAUUAGAGGGCCAAGUGCCAAGGUCUUUGGCCAAUUGCAAAAUGUUGGAGGUAUUAAACCUUGGAAAUAAUCAAAUAAAUGACACCUUUCCAUCAUGGAUAGAAGCUUUGCCCCUUUUGCGUGUUCUUGUCUUAAAAUCCAACAAAUUUCAUGGCCCCAUUAUACUUCCACAAACAAAUCAAAGCUUCCAAAUGUUGCAAAUCAUUGAUCUCUCUUCUAAUAGUUUUAUGGGUGGUUUGCCAUCAAAUAUGUUUGAGAAUUGGAAGGCAAUGAUGGAUGAGGACAGAUCUCAAUCUUUCCUUCAUAAAACCCUAUUUGGAACAGAGAGAACUGUAUACUAUCAAGACACGGUGACAGUAAUGAUCAAAGGACUAGACAGGGAACUCAUCAAGAUCCUAUCCAUCUUCACAACAGUUGAUCUCUCAAACAACUAUUUUCAGGGGGAUAUUCCAAAAUCUAUAGGGAUUCUCAAGUCGCUACAUUUACUCAAUAUGUCGCACAACAGUUUCACGGGCCAAAUUCCAACAUCACUUGAGAAUCUAGCGGCGCUUGAGUCAUUGGAUCUCUCACAAAACAAUAUCUCAGGGGAGAUUCCUUGGCAGCUGACAAAGCUAACAUUCCUUUCGGUAUUGAACCUUUCACGAAACCACCUUGUGGGAAGCAUACCACAAAGUAAACAGUUUUUUACGUUCACAAAUGAAUCAUUCCAAGAAAAUUCAGGAUUAUGUGGACCUCCACUAUCAAAGAAAUGCAAAGAUGCCGAGGGUGCACCAUCAUCUGCUCCGUCAAUACUGCAAUCUGAAAGGAAAUACGAUUGGGAACUAAUGUUGAUAGGAUUUGGAGUUGGAUAUGGAGCAGGUGUGGGGAUACUUUUCUGGACUCUAGCACUUUGGAGGAAGGGAAGGAGGGAAUUUUAUAUAUUUGUUGAUGGAAUGCUUGCUUUGAUUUUUCCUUCCAUGUUGUUUGUUGCAUUUGCACCUGCUUGA